GUCGGUUCGGCCCAAAACCUCGCAGCCACAGGAGAGAGAAGAAUCGCGAAGGAAGAAGGCCGGAGAAGCGGAAGCGAGAGCGCACGGCGGAGGCGAGGAGGGUUUCAUGGAGCCCGAGAAAUCCAAAGAGGCGGCGAGCCAGCCGAUGGAAGCGGACGCCGGCGGCCCCGUCGAUCCCCGAGAACUAGUGUCCAGCGACGAUGAGAUAGAUUACUCCGUGGAGCCCGAGUUCUACGAUCCCGACCUGGAUGAUGUCGAUGAGCGGUGGGUGAGCAAGCAGAGGAAAGGGAGGACUUCUGACGCCGUGCUCAGCUGCCCCGCGUGCUUCACUACCUUGUGCCUGGAUUGCCAGAGGCAUGAGACGUAUGUAAAUCAGUACCGUGCAAUGUUCGUUCGCAACUGCAAGGUCAAGACUGAUCAGAUUCUACGGGAGGGGAAAGGCAAACGGAAAAACCGCAAGGGAAAGGCUGCUGAUUCUUCUACUACAUCAGAAGGUGAAAAGAAGGGUGCAGUUUAUCACCCUGUUUGUUGUGAGGUUUGCUCAACUGAGGUUGGAGUGUUUGAUGAAGAUGAAGUUUACCACUUCUUUAAUGUCAUUCCUAGCAACUCCUGAAACUUGUUCUUCUGAAUGUGUAGUUUGUUGAUCCGUAGCCACUGAUGAGAUCUGUACUUGCUUUGGCGUUCUACUGUUAAAUCAAUCUACAUUCAAUUCAGUCAGGUGCAUUUGCCAUACUUUUUUUUUUCAUUUCUGUUGCUAGGAGUUCUUCAGUCUAAAAUUAUAAUUUAUAGCUGUAUUCUGGUAUGGGGCCUGAUGAAUUUCACCAAGAAUGUUGGCAAGUUCCUGGAAUAUUGGAAUUGCAACAUUAAUUACUUCAA